CUUUCUGCAAGUCGCGCAGUGUGUGACGUAAUUGGUGCGCGCAGGCGGUGUUGUGCCGGGCACAGUGUUCUGAAGCUGUAGCCAUGUCCUACUGUAGGCAGGAAGGAAAGGACAAAAUCAUUUUUGUAACCAAGGAGGACCAUGAAACUCCAAGUAGCGCAGAGCUGAUUGCAGAUGAUCCAAAUGACCCUUAUGAGGACCAAGGGCUGAUCUUGCCAAAUGGAGACAUCAACUGGAACUGCCCGUGCCUUGGAGGCAUGGCCAGUGGGCCUUGUGGGGAGCAGUUUAAGUCGGCUUUCUCUUGCUUUCACUACAGUCAGGAGGAGAUAAAGGGCUCUGACUGCCUAGAUCAGUUCCGGGGGAUGCAGGAAUGCAUGCAGAAAUACCCCGACUUAUAUCCACAGGAGGAUGAUGAGGAAGAGGCAGAGAAAGAGAAGCAGAAUAAAGAAGCAGAGCCUUCUGUCACACUGUCCUCUGAUACCAAAGAAGAGAGUUCCAGCUAAUAGAGGAAAGGAGGCAAAUAGCCUCCCUUUAUCUUCUAUUUUCUGUUGCUCCAUGGACCAUAAUAUGCAAAGAGGUGUCUUUACACUGUAGCAAGAUCUAAUCACAAGGUAAAUCUGUCUUUGUGAGGGACCUAUAGCAGCAUCCAAUCCAGUUAAACACCCAGUCUCAGCCCAACUAGCAAAAGACUGUCCUAUGAUAAUCAUGUAUUUAUAAAAGCCGUCUCUGCAUAAGCAGCAACGAUUCCAAUUCAAUUGCCCCUUUUUGUUACCAUUUCUUUUUUUUUUUUUAUUUUAUUUCUGUCAAUGUAAAAAGGGAACAACAGUAAAAAGAAAAACAUCUGUAAUUAAGAUUAGAAGCAACCCUGAUAUUGUACAAAGUUUCCAGUCUGUGCCUGAUUAUUCUCUUUAGAUUGAAUGAGAGCGGCUAUGCAUGGAAUACCAAUGACAACUGUGAGAGAUAUGAUUGGUUACCUGACCCAGAAGAAGGCAAAUCCGAGAGUUCCUCACCUUCUGUUAUGCCUCAGCCCUUGUGGCGUCACCUCAUACUUGCACAUGUGCACUGAGCUUGUCCUUCUCUGGUGUUACGUGCAGAGCGGAUGUUGGUGAUCAGAGAAUAUUAAAGACAUUUUUACCUUA